AACUAACCGGAGGCAAGACAUGGACAAAACCAGUGACCACCCCACACCACCGCGCCCGACCAUACCACACUUUUUAUAUUCCCCGCCACUAUUUAUACGAGAGCACCCUCGUUGCACUUGCAAUCCCUCCACUCCGAGACACUCGUCCCAUCCCCGGUCUCUCGCUCUCUGAGCUGUGCGUCGUGUGCAGUGCUCUGUUGUAUUGCCAAGCGAGGAGCGGGAGCGGCCGGCACCUUCGUUCCGUUCUUCCCAGAUGGACCUGUUCCCGUCGCCGUCCUCCACGCCAGCCGCUCCGGAACCGUGGCAAUGCUCGGGCCUCGGCUCCGCUGCGUGCGGCUUGGCCGGGAGGGUGCUCUGCGCCAUCGCCACCUGCGUCUUCGCCGCCGUGGGUUCGCUGGUCGGGGCGGUAACGGGGUCGGUGACCGGGAUGGCGACGGAGAGCGGGAUGCUGCGCGGCGCCGGCAUCGGCGCCAUCUCCGGCGCCGUCUUCUCCAUCGAGGUCCUUGAGUCGUCCCGCGACCUCUGGCACUCCGGCGACUCCGGCAUCUGGAGCAUCCUCUACAUGGUGGACAUCGUCUCCAGCGUCCUGAGCGGCAGGCUGGUCCGCGAGAAGGUGGGGUUGGCGGUGCAGAGUCAGAUCAGCGCCAUCAGCUCGCCGUUCGCGGAGACCAGCGACCUGUUCGAUACCACCGGCGGCAGCAAGGGGCUCCCCGCGGACGCGCUCCGCCGGCUGCCGGAGAUCGAGAUGUCCGAGGACAGCGCCGUGGACGCGGCCGGCGAGGCGCUCUGCUGCUCGGUGUGCCUGCAGGACUUCCGGGUGGGCGAGCCCGCACGGAGGCUGCCGAGCUGCGGGCACGUGUUCCACGCGCCGUGCAUCGACUGCUGGCUGGUCCGGCAUGGGUCCUGCCCGCUGUGCCGGCGAGACAUCUGAACCGGCCGGCGUUUAUUUGCUCUGCGGCCUGGAGUGUCAUCGUGUCACACGCGGAUCCGGCGGUGCGACGAGCUGGUUGAUUAGGGAGUACUCGCUUGAGUCAUAAAUAUAUAUUGUUUUACAAAAUAUUCGAUUAAAAU